UCGAUCUACAGAAGACAGAGCCAAACAAGCCCACACGCCUGCGCAACCAAGAACUGAAGAGCGCGCGCGCCAGGCUUUUCCUCGAUUUUCUCGUUGCUGUCCUCGGCCCUCUCGCCCCCGUCGCUCUAGAUCUCUCCGACGUGCUCCCCUCGACUUGGUGUCGCCGAGCUCCUCGGUUCUAGACUUCCAGGUCUCCAGCAAGGCCUCCACAUUGGGUUCUUGAGAAUGGCCGCGGCUACAUCUCACAAUGCCAUAGUGUCUACACAAUCCCACCGGUGGAACGGCAAGAACUCUAGAUUGGACAGGAGAGCAGCCAAUGUGCGUUUGGUUUCAGUUGGAAGUUGCUGCCCAGGCAGCGGAAAGUUGGGUCUGGUUUGUGCAUCGGGCUCAAAGUCUUCGGUCAUCGACCCGGUUCACCUACCCUCGAACGGCAAGGGUGGCCACAGCCCUAAGAAAUCAAGUGAAAGUUCCCUUAUAUUGAUCCGGCACGGCGAGUCGAUGUGGAACGAGAAAAAUCUGUUUACUGGCUGCGUCGAUGUGCCCCUGACACCGAAGGGCGUGGAGGAGGCCAUCGAGGCGGGUAAGAGGAUAUGCAACAUUCCAAUCGAUGUGAUAUUUACGUCGGCGAUGAUCCGUUCUCAGAUGACUGCAAUGCUUGCCAUGAUGCAGCAUCGACGCAAGAAAGUUCCAAUUAUCACACAUAAGGAGAGCGAACAAGCUCAAAGUUGGAGUAAGAUAUACAGUGAAGAUACAAAAGAACAGUCCAUUCCUGUCAUAACAGCUUGGCAACUGAACGAACGGAUGUAUGGUGAGUUGCAAGGUCUCAAUAAGCAAGAAACUGCAGAUCGGUUUGGCAAAGAACAAGUUCAUGAAUGGCGCCGUAGUUACGACACUCCUCCCCCAAAUGGAGAGAGCCUAGAGAUGUGUGCAGACAGAGCCGUUUCUUAUUUCAAAGAUCAGGUUGUUCCCCAUCUCACGGCUGGAAAGCAUGUGAUGGUUGCUGCACAUGCAAAUUCACUUCGAUCAAUUAUAAUGCAUCUGGACAAAUUGACAUCUCAGGAGGUAAUCAGCCUUGAGUUGUCGACAGGCAUUCCUAUGCUCUACAUAUUUAAGGAAGGGGAGUUUAUCAGACGGGGGAGCCCAGUAGGACCUUCUGAAGCAAGUGUUUAUGCUUAUACAAGGAACUUGGCUACGUACAGAGACACGCUUGAUAGUAUGGUUCAGUAAAAGGGCAGUAAGCUGUAAGAAUGUGAUGUUUGACUGCCAAUGAGUAUUCCAAUAUGGCUAUCAGCUAAAUAUAUGUUUUUCAAUUGGUGUAUUUUCAGGCCUUAUUGAUUUCCGAGGCACGAUAUUUGUCGAACAUGCCAUUAUUUAGCUGAGAACUGGUCAGGGGGGAUUUCAAGUCCCAAGCAUUUUUUACUAGGAGCUAGAAGGGGAAGCUCACAAUCUAGAAACUUUCUUCUGUAACACUGAAAUCUAUGUAACAGAUCUACAAUGGGGCAACAUAAGCCCCCAUGUUGUAUAUGUAAAUUGAAUUUACUGGAGAGAGGUAGCAUUCC